GGGCAUAGGAAACCACACAAAAAUAACUCCUUAAACGAAUUCUUAUUCAAAAUCAAUUUUCGAACGGAAUGUUUCGUACUGGUAAUUUCAUAUUAAAUCUAUAACGGAACUGUAAACAUCCAAGCGAACGCCGUAUAAACGCCGUGUUUCUUGGUCGACGGUCAGAAACAUAAACAAUUUUAAAACGAAUAAUACUGAUUGUCAUUUUAAUUAACAUGGAUAAUGAUUUUCUAAAUUGGACAGUGAAUAAAACCACUCAAUGAAUUAAUUAAAAAGUAUAAUGAUAAACUGAAAGAAAGUGAACGGUUAAAACAAGAAUUAGAUACAUCAAAUAAACAAAUGAAAGAAGUAACAUGUAAUUAUAAUUCUACUUUAGCGAAAGUUAUUAAAUUAGAACUUCAAAAUACAGAAUACAAAAAAAAGAUUGAAACUCUGACUGCACAAAUAAAUGAAGUUAAUAUUAAAACAGCAGCCGAUCAUCAACAUAUACAACAAUUAAUAUGUAAAAUAAAGAAUAUAGAAGGAGAUGAGAAUAAUAAAAUAAUCCAAUAUGAUCUAGAAAAGUCAUCACUACAAGUUAAAAUCAAGGAAUUGGAGCAAGAGUUAAAAAAUGUAAAAAAAUCCUAUGAAACAAAAAUCAAAAAAAUAGAAAAGAAAGUCUCUAUAGAAAUUGAAAAUAAAGAAAAAUUAAAGGAUGUUGGAAUCAAUACAACAUUAACUAAAGAUAUGGUAAUACAAAAACCAAAAGUCACAGAUAGAUCCGUAUUAACUCUCGAAUUUUACGAUAAUAAAGAUAACCCAUAUCCUAUAUUUUGUAACAAGUGCAAAAUUGUAUUAGAUCCACCUCCUCUUAACGAAAUAUGUAAAAUUGUGAGCGAUUCAUGUCCAAAACUUAUUGAAAAGAUUUCGUCUCCAUCUAGAGAACUUACUACGUUAAAGGAAUCAAUAGAUGUAAACAAUGAACAACAAUGUAAAGCUAAAAUUUCAUCUACAUUGGUAGAUACUCCAUCACAGCAUUUAUCAAAUCAAAAUAGUCAUUUAAUGUUUGUUCCAACAAAUUCAUUAUCUCCCCAUACAAUUCCAUUAAAUCAUGCAAAUUGUAACACUUUUCCCUCAACGUCGAAUUCAAUAAAUCAAGGUAAUAAUCAUAUCUGUUCAACGCCAAUUAAUCCUUCAUCAAUGAUAAAUUCGAAUACAAUUAAUCCUUCAACAAUGAUAAAUUCGAAUACAAUUAAUGAGAAUAAGAAUUGUGAGAAUUUAAUAACUAUGGCCACAUCUUCGAUAUCGCUUAUUUCGUCGUUACAGAAAAAAAUUUGUGCGUUAGAAACGAAAAUGAAAAAAAUGAAAAAAAAAUUAAAUAAAAAGAACUCAAAUCGAAACAACAGUUGUAAGAAACAUCAACUAAAUGUCAACAUGCAUGACAUAAAUAAUUCCAUGCAAACUAAUUUUAAUGAAUUAUGGAGGAAAAUGAAGGGUACUUAUGGUAGAAAAGAAAGAAAGAAUUUAAAUGCACAUAAAAGAUUAAAGAAAUUAUCUCGCUUAAAACGUAAGAGAUUACAAAAUGCGCAUAUUGGAUCUUGGAAAGUUGAAUCAGUUGUAGAAAAUAAACGGACUUUUGUUAAGAAAAAGCCUAAGAAGCAUAAGUUUGCACAUUCGUUAUUCGGUGAAUCUGAUAAUUCGUUAAGUGGUAUUGAAGAUUCAGAAAAAUUAAACAGUAAUUUUGAAGUAGAUUCAUCCAUUGAUAAGUUUAAUGAUUCUGAAGACAAUGUAGAAUCAGCAGAUUCAUCCAUUGGUAAGUUUAAUGAUCCUGAAGACAAUGUAGAAUCAGCAGAUUCAUCCAUUGAUAAGUUUAAUGAUUCUGAAGACAAUGUAGAAUCAGCAGAUUCAUCCAUUGAUAAACUUAAUGAUGUUGAAGACAGUGUAGAGUCUCAAACCGUAUCACAUACAAGAUUCAGUCCAUAUUUGAAUUCUAAUGAUACGGAUGUAAAUGAAACUAAAGUAGAAAUAAUACGAAAUUUUGUUCAACAUAGUAAGCCAAUAGAAAGUGAUUCGGAAAUAUUAUCCGAAUGUGAACGUAAUAAAUUGAUGAAACAUAAAGAAAAUACGUGUACUUCUUCAGAAUUAACAGAGCACAUAAAUACUAUCAAAACAAAUUCUUCCAUAGAAAAUCAACCAUGUUUUAGUGGACAUAGUAAACAAAUAAAUAAAUCCAUGACAAAAGUAGCGCAUGCAUCACAUUUAAUAAUUGAAGAAAAAAUUACCUCAGAUAUAUUAUCAAAAUUAGACGAACAAACCGAAAAAACAGAGCAUGCAGAUAUGUCAGAAACAUUACCAUCUAGUAAUCUAGAAGCUGAAAUUGAGACAAAUAAUUCUGAUAUCCCAAAUUCUAUGAAGAAACGGAAAAUAUCCGAGAGCGAAUUAAAAAUAUCCGAGAACCGACAGAAAUUGUUGAAAAAAAUAAAAAAUUUAAAAAAGAGCAGUAAAAUUGUAAAAACAUGUCAAAAUAUGCCAAAACAGGAUAUAUCUAACGACGAACAUGAAGAUUCUAAUAUAUCCGAAGACCAAAAAGAUAAUAAUCCUGAAGUAGUUAAAGAAGAUGAUUAUAUAUCCAAAAAGAAAGCUCGUAUUGCGCACACACCUAAAAAUCCAAUUGUAAAACAAAUGAAAUUAAAUAAUUUUAAAAUACAAAAUAGCACGAACGAAGUUGAUUUGAAUAAAUCAAAAGAUCAAAUUUGUAGCAAUAAGAUAGAAAAACCUCAUCUGAUAUUUUCACACUCUAACAAUACUGAAAAUGCUGUAGAAAAUCCUGUUCAUGAGUUACCAGUUUCCAGUAAUUUAUCAAGUAAUUCGGAAAACAAACCGCAUAGACAAAAUAUAAACACAACAUUUGAAACAAAUACGAAUGAAUAUAAUCAAUCUGAUUCUGUAUCCAAUAUUAAUCCUGUAAAUGAAACAACCGAACUGGAUGAGACAAAGACUGAUUCAAAUAAACAUUCAAACGAGCAUUUCAAGCAAGUAGAUGAAAGUAACUCUUUAGAUGUAAGAGAAAUUAGCAAAACGGAUGAUAUAAGCAAACGAAAAUUAUUAAAUUUCAAUGACAAGUCUUCCACUGUUACUUCAAAAAUAAAUAAUAUAAAUGAAAGGAAUUUAAAUACCGAAGAAAUAACACACAAUAAUGUUUGCACAAAGCAGGAAAAUUCUGCUAUAAAAUUAGAAUCACACUGUCCAUUUAAAAUGUUGCAGGAAUACAUUAAUAAAAAUCCAAAGACAAGAAAUAAAAGAAAGGAUAGAAAGAAACUUUUGCAUAUUGGUCAAAUAGCGGAUAAAUUUGUGAACAAACAAUUGGAAAGGCUGAUAAAUAGCGAUUGGCAGAAUUCCACACACUGGGAUGUAAUUGAAAAAUUGAAAUCCACUUGUAAUGAUCGUGUCAUAGCAAAAGGAAUUAUAGAAUUCUUAAGCACAGAGCAGGAAUAUAAUAAAACUUUAGAUAACAGUUAUACACCACCUGCACCAUUAAUGACAAAAGCACAACAAAGAAUAGCACCAUUAUUAAUUGACUUAGAAAAAUCAAAACCCAUGGUAUUUCAAUUUGUGCAGGCUGGUAUAACGUACAAACUUUUUAAACUCAAUCAAACGAUAGAGGUUUGGCGUUUUCUCAUUAUUUUGAGAUGUGUGGUAGAAUCUCUUGCUAGAAUGUAUACGAUUUUAGCAAGAAUUAAAAAAGACCGAGAAAAAGUAAGGAUAUUCUGUUGCGAUGCUUUGUAUUGUUUGGGACUUCACGCGAUACUUAUUUUAUUCACAGUACUCACUUCCUGGCCAGAAGUUUUCCCGAAUAACGAAACAAGUGUUAAUAAAUUAUUGCCGAAAUGCAUGGCACAUUUAAUUUUGACGCAACAAGGUACGGACUAUCCCAAACUUCAGGCCUUGAAGAAUUUAAUAUCAUUAUUCUACAAAUAUCCAGUGGGAACAUUAUCUAUAGAUAUCCUCCAAGAGCUGUUGGUUGCACUUCAAGAAAGGUGUGACAGUGAAGUAGAGGCUGCUAUUAUACUUCUUGCAAAAAGAGAAGGAACCGCAUGGACGUAUAAGAAUAUUAUUAGGGGUGCAUUGUUAUCGAUGAUAAUUAACAAUAAAGUACCGAGCGCGUAUCGAGCGUUUUCUUUAUUAGGAUCGGAUGAGCAAAAAGAAGGCGUUAUCUCGGCAUUAUUAAGUUUAUCAAGGCACAAAUUUGAUGAAGUGGUUCAAAACACGUUAAAAUGGACUCCAUCUGUACUAUUGCAUGAUCGAACCAUAGAACAAAUCAAUGGGUUAUUUAACACGCAUGAUUCAGACUUUUGGAAUUCUUAUUUUAAAAAACACAGACAAUUGUUCCUUGCACAGGAAAAGAGUAAAACAUAAUGUACAGUUUUCUUUCUCCAACAGAGUAUUGUGUGAUAUUUACUGUAAGAUAAUUUACAUUAUUUAAAAAUUCGAAUUUUCUGCAUUAUUUUUAAACUAAAAGUAUUUAAAUUCUUUCGUAAGAACGUUGUGUUAAUUUUUAAUCUUUUUGUUUUGUUAGUCAAAGCUCAUAUUCGAUUAAUCACCGCGAUAAUGUAUUUUUUCCACGUGAUCCUGAAAAGAUAGAAGUAACAUUUCCUUCAUAUUUGUUUGUAUAGUUCAAAUUGUAACUUUAAUUUUAACUGGCUUUCGUUUUGUCACGAUCUAAAACAUGCUGUAUGAUAAGCUGACCUUUCCUUUAAGUAUUACUGUAUUAUAUAUAUUGCAUAUAUCAUAUAGAAAGCUAAAGAGAAACUUAAACUGA